UAAAAAGUCUCUUUUGUUUUAGAACACAACUACAAAAACUAUACCAUGUUGAUGAUCUCAGAUUCACCUUUACUAUUUUUCUCUCAUAUAUUGACUGUUGCCAACUAACUUUCUAUUAGUUAUUUUGUACAACAAUCAUUUUGAAUAAUGUAUUUUUCUUGUUACCACUUUGUUCAUAUCUAGCAAUCACACAUCUAUUUGAUAUUAAUGCCAGUUGCAGUUCUAAAGAAGCAAAAACUGUAUAAAACAUGUUGGUUACUUGUUUUUCUUAUUAUUAUCAAUUGACGUUUUGUUGAUCACUUUGGGGUGCCAAAGAAAAAGAAAUGGAUAUUUGAUAACAUCUGGUGUACCAUGUUUAAAAUUUAAAAUCUUGAUCAGACCGAACCAGAUGCAAUCGAACCGGUUAGUUAAAGAAAACCGGAAUCGUUAAGGAAAUAACCCAAAGACUCUGUAACACGAGAACAUUUACUUUUAACGGAGAAUGGCCUGGAUUGUCGGAAUUCGAACAAGAUUCCUGAGUUUCGGGAAGGUUCCACAAAUCUCUUCUUCACUGUUGAGAAUCUAUUAUCCUCGUAACCAUCAGAAUCCUUCUCUUCUUCCUCUUCCUUCGUUCUCUGCCGCUCAUAGUCGUCGUCGCCCUCUGCUUUGGCUUCGCUCAUCUCCGCCUGUGUCCUCCAUGACCACUCAGGCUGAAUCUGGGUCUUCCCAGCAAUCCGAUUCUUCCAAAACGGUGAGAGUGGUGAUAAAGGGAAGAGUACAGGGAGUGUGCUACAGAAACUGGACUGUUGAGAACGCUGAGCAGCUUGGGGUUAAGGGAUGGGUGAGGAACCGCAGGGACGGUUCAGUGGAAGCACUCUUUUCUGGACCACCUGAAGCUGUUGAUGAGAUGCAUCAGAGGUGUCGCCGUGGUCCUCCUGCAGCCAUGGUAACUGGCUUGGAGGCUUUCCCUUCCACUGAAGAACCUGGAUCAAGUUUUGAAUACAGAUCAACCGUCUGACUGAUUCUCUUUUAACGGAGGGACAGAGAGAGACAGAUGGUUCUCUGAAUGUUGCAAUGAUUAUGGAUGUCUGGACAAGUUGUAACAAGGCUUAGAUUAAACACACAUGCCAUGUAUAUAAUUAUGUGUCUUUGAUUCA